GAAAAUAUGACUCCGUAAGCAACACGAGGACUGUGACUUGUGUUUGUACUUAAUCAUGAUUUCUUGCAAUAAGAUGUGAUUUAAGUAGAUGUUGAAUGAGCUGAAGGUCCUUUUGAGUGACAUUUCACUGGGAUCAGUGUAACUGUUCUCUGUCCUCUUUCACUGCACAAAAUAUUCAAGAUUCAUUGUCUGAAAACACGUUUAUCACUGAAAUGUUGCUUGUCGGUGACUGUGUCCAAUAACACGUGUCAAGAGAUAUUUUAACAAGUACACACAGGAGGAUCUUAAAAAUCUGUAUUUUCCAUUUGGUAAUGAAAUGUAACCUUUUAAGUUACUACUUUGUUUUUAAAUACUCUGUAUGAAAGUAAAGCAGUGGUUGAAGGAUUAUGAAAUGCAAUAAAGGGAGUAACACAUUAUUUCUCUUGUACUAAUGUUUUGAACAUUCACACACCUUGUUAUGAGUUGGGACCUUUCUGAUUGUCACAAUAAAAAUCCUUAAUAUUGUACAAAGAGAAUAAUUUAGUUUCUUUUAAUCAUGUUGAUUAAUGCUAAUUGAGGGGUGAAUAUCCCUAAAAGUUUCAACCUUCCCGUCACAUGAACUAAUCUAAACACCACAAGCUUCUAUUCACAGCUCAAGCUCACGUUUCUUAAGUACAUUGUGACCCAAAUGAUGCAGCUUUACACUUUACUCUGUUCGGUCCGGCCCUCCACAGCUGAUGAGAGUCUCACAGUGUGUCGGUGUGAAAGUAGAAGCUCCCGAAGCAGCACUUCCUUUUUCGUACCUCUUAUUGUAGAGUAUGAGGUUCACGGUGCGUCCACCUCCCUUCAGUGCACGUGCAGCUUCAGUUGCAGCUUUAGUUGCAGGUGGACCAGCAUGUCGGGAUGGAAACUGUGCUUUGUUCUGCUGCUGUACCUCCCGGUUUGCUUUAACUCUGAAGGUAACAAGAACAAACACGCAAUGCAUUAUACAAUCAAGUGUUUUUUCUUUAAAAAUAUAGCAAUCUUUAACUUACUAUUGUUUGCAGUGAGUGAAUUUAAAACCAUCGGGAGAGGACCUGACGUCACUCCCAUCUGCAGUAAUACAACAGAGAUCAUAACGCUCAUACUGUGUAAGAUCAGAACUAACAGGACUGGAGCAGAGUGUCGUCUGCUGUAUCGAUACGGAGGAGACUUUGAGAACGAAUGUGACUCCAGGUUCACUCUUAAGAUGGAGAAUCAGACCGUGUUUCUCCACCUGACUGGUCUCACACCAGUGGACAGUGGGAACUACACCUGUGAGUGUUCACGUGGGGGCGAGACGCAUUUCCUCCAUCUGAAUAUCACCGUAGAAGGUAAACCCAUUUCAUACGUUUUACCUUUUUACAGAGUAAAUAGCCGUCAUGUUUCUGACAAAGAGCUUUUUCUUUACGAUGUUUCAGGGGAAGAAGAGAGAGAGAGCGGCGUGACGUCACACACGCGGCUUCUAAACGCGUUGAUCGGUGCAACAACAGUCAUCUGUAUAACUGCAGUUAUCUUUGGGUUGAUCUACAGGGGAAAACGUCACAGAAGACAAACAGAACCACCGCACACUCCUGAAAACACGGAGGCAGAAGCCAUCGCGCCGUACAGCACCUUCAUGCUGAGGGACAGCGUGCUUUAUUCAACUGUCGGCCCACACAACUGUCUCCACAACAGCAAUCAGUCAAACACGUCCACCACAGAGGACACUCGUCCAGAGGCUCUUCUGUAGAGCUCCAGCUCUGCUGCUUCCAAUCCGGGUGAAGUGAGACCUGCUGUCCACUAGGUGGCACGCUUUGCUUUGUGAUGAAUGUAUUGUUAUUAAAUUGUAACGCGGUCAUCAUAAGAAACAACGAAUUAUCUAAAAAGAAAUAAACAGCUGAAGCUAAACAUGUUGUUCCCGUCUCUGAAUCGGUCUCAUAUUCUAUUUAGAAUAACUACCAAAUAGUGCAGUUAUCAUGUUAUCGGCCAUUUUCCUAUUUAGAUUUUCCUGAUUCUUUAUUCUAACAAUCUAAAAUGUGACGCCUGCUUGGUUCUUUGUGUCAUGUAUAUUUUGUCCAUGCAAGAAAGAUGAUUAUUAUCGUUACAAGUAAGACUUUUAAGAAGUGAAACCAGAAGUUUGCCUUAAACAACUCCUUAUCACUGGUUUACACAAUAAAUGCUAUUAAUCAUAUACUUAUGAACAUUUGUGAGUCAAAAUUUGUUUAUUCAACUGUGAUUCUUAGUCCCCUAACACUUUAAUCCUUGUCAUUGUCUCAGGUGUUUCCCCACCAGCGUUCCUUUUUAUUUACAAAGUACGAGGUCACAAGCGCUAGGGCUGCAACUAACGAUUAUUUUUGUAAU